AUGCUUCUUCUCCAUACAUGGGUCAUUAUAUUACUGCUUCUCCUGGGCAUUCGGAACGUGGAGCCGGGAAAGUGCCCUAAAUUCUGCACAUGUGACAGUAUUCAGUUAACAGUGGCUUGCAUCAGCAAGAAUCUGACUGAGAUUCCAUCCACCAUUGAUGAGAUCACAGUUAAGUUGGACCUGAGAGGUAAUACCAUACAGGAGCUUCCCACAAGAGCAUUCACACACACGCCUUACCUUACUCACUUGUCUCUCCAACGUACUGGUAUUCACAAAGUGCGAGAAGGCGCCUUCCGUGGUCUUGGGCGCUUGGUCUUUCUCAACAUGGCCAACAAUGACAUUGACAUCCUGUAUCAGGAGUCAUUUGAUGGGCUCUCCUCCCUAAAGCAACUUCUUAUCGACAACAACAAAAUAGAGGAGAUCCAGCCUGGAGCCUUCUCACAGCUGGGGUCUCUUAACCUUCUCUCCCUUACCCACAACCAACUGGUUUACAUACCAAACAUGGCAUUUCAAGGCUUGCAGAACAUCAACUGGUUACGACUUAGUCACAACGCUCUUAACUACCUUGACACUGAGGCUUUCGCAGGUCUCUUCACACUUACCCGCCUGAGCCUUGAUAACAAUGAGCUGCAGUUUUUUCCCACUGAGACCAUGACCAGACUUCCUGGAGUUACUCGUCUGGACUUGAGUUACAAUCCCAUGACCUAUAUUGGAGAGGAGACAGUGUCUAUGGCAAAGCUUACUCACCUCUUUUUGAAUCACAACUCCCUACAGGACUUCUCCAGCACAGCUGUUGUGCUCUCACCCAAGCUCACCCAUUUGGAUCUCAGCCACAACCAGCUGCGCCUCCUACAACCUCUGGCUUCUGGUUCACCUACAUUGACUCGUCUCAACCUGAAAGGCAACCCAAUCUACUGCAGCUGUUACCUGCGUCCAUUACGCGAAUGGGCAAUACAGGAGCGGGUGCGACUUGGAGGAACGUGUAGAGGUCCACCACACCUGUCUGAUGAAAGCCUGGAGUCAGUGCAGCCUUUUGAUUUACGAUGCCAGAGUCAGGAGGCCAUGCUGAAAGCUGAGCGGGAGGAACUUCCACCACCAAUGACAACCCCACCUCCUAACAAAGUCAAGUGCCCGGAUAACUGUGUCUGUGAGGCUGAGAACCAUCACUCAUCCUGUGAGAAACAGGGUCACACCAAAGUCCCUCGAGGCUUUUCUCCAGAUACACGCUUGCUAGACCUGCGUGAUAAUCAUUUCCAUUACAUCCCCAAAAACAGUUUCCCAGGCAUGCCAGAGGUGAUUUCACUUCAUCUGCAGCGCUGCAAGAUCCAUGAUGUGGAAAGUGGGGCCUACAGCGGUAUGAAGGCUCUGGUCUAUCUCUACCUCUCAGAGAAUGACCUUACCUCACUAAGCCCAGAUGUGUUCAAGGGUCUGCCCCAGCUUACAUACCUCCAUUUAGAAAAGAACCGAUUUACCCAGUUCCCCAAAGGAGCUUUUAAGCUGCUGCCUGGUUUGCUGAAUCUUCAUUUAGAAAACAAUGCCAUUACUAAGCUCGAGGCAGGAGUUUUGUCGGGUGCUGAGAAGCUAAGGGGUCUCUUUCUUACCAGGAACUCAAUUACCAGCAUUGCUCCCAAGACUUUCGACACAGCACCUGACCUUGAAACACUGCACUUAGACCACAACAAACUGAAGGGUGUGCCAAGUAAUGCUUUCUCAAAGACCAGUAGCUUAGUGAAUCUACGCUUGUCUUAUAAUGCUAUUCGCUGGAUUGGAGCAGAGGCUUUUCGAUCAGUUGCAAGCUCUUUGAAACAUCUUUACCUUGAUAACAUGAGUUUAGAAAAGAUGUCAAAUGAUUCACUUGCAGGCCUCGGGUCUGGCCUGCAGAGUCUUCUGUUGGAAGGGAACAAGCUUGAGGAGGUGCCUGACUUGAGUCCACUAACAGGGAUUGAAGUCAUAAAUCUGGCAGAAAAUCCACUACUGUGUGACUGCCCACUUCUGCCUUUGCGCAAGUGGAUAGAGAAGGUCAACCUGAAGGUUAGGGCCACCUGUGGUAACCCACCAGAGCUUAAAGGCCAGAAUGUAAAGGACAUUCAUGUCUUUAAGAGCUGUCCAGGAUAUGGGCCUCCUCCUGCACAGAGCCCCAAGAUCUCCAAAGCAUCAAAGACCACAAAAUAUAAACCUGUGAUUAGUGCACCAAAACUGAUCAAAACAAGUAAAAGUCAAUCCAAAUCUAAGCUGCAAAAGAGUGCAAACAAAAAAUCAAUUCAGAAACCCAGUGCCAAUAAACAAAAAACAGUGUGAUCACAGAAAUAAUGAUCAAAAUAUGUAAACCAGAAACAAGAACUGUAUGCUGUACUUCUGCAGAAAAAAUACACAUAUCCAUAUUAUAAUAUCUAACCUGUCCCACCCACCAGUGAAAUGAAAGUGUCCCACUUUCUUAAAUAAGUACUAGAUAAUAGCAUUGUACUUUUACAAAACUUUGGAACCCUAUAGAAUUACCAUGAUCCAGGCGCUCAGGUGGCACGGUGGUCCAAAGCACUAGCCAACUACUGAGAUCUUAAGCUCUCGAGUUCAAAACUCAGCUUUGCUAUCGGCCAGUGGAGUUCCCACAUAGACAUGAAUGGCUAUGUCUGAGGGUGGGUGGGUCAACAGGAUUCCUCAUUACUGCUGCAGUUGUGGCCCCUGCUGGCUGGUCGAACAGGCCACCACAGAGAUGGUGAUUAAUGAGAGCAGUGCGUGAGUCUGUAGUGAUACUGAUCCCUGUGUGAACCCCCAUCAUGCAGUUGCCGACUACACAAGUCAAAGGGGGUGUGCGUUAUGUACAACCCUCCUAGGUCUGGAUAGGGGUCUGCAGCAGUAGAGGAAAUACAGCUGGAUAAUUAAAUACAACUAAAUUCGGACUAAAAAGGAAAAAUGCAUGAACAAUAAUUAUAAAAAAAAAAAAAAAAAAAAAAAAAAAAAAAAAAAAAAAAAAAAGAAUUAUUACCUGAAUCUAAACCAAAAGUUUGUUUUAUUACAAUGUGAUUAAUUUGUACAUUUAUUACGAAAUAAAGAAAGUACACAUUUGAGUGUUGAAU